CCUCAACAAUACACCCAACAGCAGACUGCACAUCAACCCCGACAUCGAAGACACACGGCCCAGGUAGGUCCGAAUGCGCAGAAACAGAUUCAAUGUGUCUGGGAGUCUGUCUGUCUAUCUGUCUGUAUGUUUUGUGCUCAGAAUAAUCAUAAAUCACGGUGCUCGUGCAAUCAUUGAGACCACGUUGCCGCAGAGACCAACGGCACACGAGAGUGAGAACCAUUGCUUGUGCAACCAUUGCUUGUGUGUCGGUGUGGUUGCUCAUCAGCAACGAGAGAAGCAAUGAGGAAGGACGCCCAGGAUAUGGAGGAGUUCAGACAGCUGACACACGAAAUCACCAAGAACGAGCCGACAGAAGACAGAGUAAGAAAUGGCGACAAGAGGGAGGGAGAGAGAGAGAGAGAGAGAGAGGAGGGCAGCAUGAUGGCAGCAUGGUGUGUGAGUCUCGGGGGACUUCAGUUGCACAUCUCGUCGGACAAGACACCGAACGUCCAGAUCAACAACGCACCCAACUCAAUGUCAGCGAAGGAAGAGAGAGAGAGCAAAGGCGCCAAGAAAGCGAUGAGACAUGAAAUGACAUGGCAUUGUGUGGCUGUGUGUGGAUUUUGGUAGUGUGCGCGUGAGCAACCCAGAUCUCCAUGUGCCGUCUGUGGUCAUCAACAAUGGCGAAUCAUCGGUCAUCGAGGCGGCACAGACGACAGAGGAGAUUCAGGAGAAGCCAGCCGAGUGAUGAGCGUGCAUCGAUUGAAUGCACAGCUACUAACCAACAUGUGCAAGCAUGAUGACGAUGAUGUAACUAACACGUGUUACAUGGGCCAGGC